AUGCGUACCUACGAAGACAGCUUCUCCGGACAGAGGAUCUACCCUGGCAAGGGUAAGAUCUAUGUCCGUGGCGACAGCAAGGUGUUCCGAUUUGUCAACGGCAAGUCGGAGUCACUUUUCCUCCAGCGCAAGAACCCCCGUCGCAUUGCCUGGACCGUUCUCUUCCGACGACAGCACCGCAAGGGUAUCUCUGAGGAAGUUGCCAAGAAGCGCACCCGCCGCACCGUCAAGUCCCAGCGUGCCAUCGUUGGUGCCUCCCUCGAGGUCAUCAAGGAGCGCCGCUCUAUGCGCCCCGAGGCCCGAUCUGCCGCUCGCGCCGAGGCCAUCAAGCUGGACAAGGAGAAGAAGGCUGCUGCUCAGGCCGCCAAGAAGGCCGAGAAGGCCAAGAACGCUGCCACCGCCGCCAAGGGCCAGACCCAGCGAAACGUGAGCAAGCAGGGCGCCAAGGGUGCUCAGCAGAAGGUCGCUGCCCGAACUCGCUAA